AUGGGAAUCUGGGGAAUGUUAUGCAUGUACAAACUAUUGUAUUUACUGUUGAAUGUAAAACAUUAAUUCCACAAUUAAAAAAAAGUUUCCAUAAUAAAAAAAAAAAAGAAUUUUCUUUCCAAGGCCCCAAAGUCUGUUACCCAAGAUGAUAAAUGCUGACAUGGACACAAUUGACGCUGAAAACCAGGUGGCACUGGAGGGGAAAACAGGGCUGAUUAAUCAGGUGCUGCAACUCCAACACACACUGGAAGACCUCUCUGCAGGAGUAGAUGCAGUCAAGGAAGAAAAUCUGAAGCUUAAAUCAGAAAAUCAAGUUCUUGGACAAUAUAUAGAAAACCUCAUGUCAGCGUCUAGUGUUUUUCAAACAACUGACACAAAAAGCAAAAGAAAAUAAGGCAUGGCUGCCCCUCUGAUUAAAUGGAAUUGCUGCUGGUCUUUUUCUUUAUAACUUGGAUAGAUUCCAAAAGUUAUAGUACUUUGGGUUGAAGCUUCAUUGAAUAUUUAUGAAAAUAAUGUCAGCUCUAGGGGACUUUAGAGCAAA